AUGAGAGCGCCAUUCCUAUGGAGUCUUCUCUUCGCAGGAGGGCUCGCCGCGCCGCAGGCCGCUUCGUCUACCUCCUCUGCAUCAGCAUCUGCCUGCACUGGCAAUACUGCCAACGACAGAUCCACCUGGUGUGACUACGACCUCCAAACUGACUGGUAUACCGAAGUUCCGGACACGGGAGUGACGGUCGAAUACUGGUUCGAGGUCACCAAUACAACUGUAUCACCCGAUGGCAUCGAGCGAAUUGGGUUGGCGGUCAACGGAUCCAUCCCUGGUCCAACCAUCGAGGCAAAUUGGGGAGAUACUGUUGUUGUGCAUGUCCUGAAUAGUAUGCAAAACAAUGGAACGGGUAUCCAUUGGCAUGGUAUUCGCCAAAACUGGACUAAUUGGAUGGACGGUGUUCCGAGUAUAACUCAAUGUCCGAUUGCACCGGGAGAGUCCAUGACGUAUACCUGGCGUGCAACGCAAUAUGGUUCCAGCUGGUAUCAUUCUCAUUUUUCACUUCAAGCCUGGAACGGUGUGUUUGGUCCCAUUGUCAUUCAUGGGCCAGCUUCUGCAAACUACGACGAAGACAUCGGUCCGGUCAUGCUCAGUGAUUGGUCACACCAGACCGCCGAUGAGCUUUACACCUACGCUCAAACUCAGGGCCCACCCGAAUUAAACAACGCUCUCAUCAACGGCCUGAAUGUCUACAACAAUUCUGGAACCAUCACUGGAUCCCGCUGGGAAACAACCGUGACGUCUGGAAACUCGUACCGCCUACGUCUCGUUAAUACAGCCAUCGACACGCACUUCAAGUUCAUGAUCGACAACCACACACUCACCGUCAUCGCCAUGGACUUCGUCCCAAUCGAGCCGUACGAGACGGAGUACCUUGACAUCAACAUGGGCCAACGAUAUGACGUGAUUGUGUCCGCCAACCAAGACGAGGGAGACUACUGGAUCCGCGCCAUCCCGCAGACGGCCUGCUCCGCCAACGACAACGUCGACAACAUCCGCGCCAUCCUCCGCUACGACAGCAGCAGCACCGCAGACCCCACUACCACGGCGUACUCAAACAUGACCAAUGAGUGCGUCGACGAGCCGUAUGCGUCCCUCGUGCCGGCCCUCGCGCAGAACCCCACGUCGCUGGUCGAGACGGACAGCUCGGACAUGCCCGUCACCAUCGGCGUGCUGAACAACCUGUUCAAGUGGUACAUCAGCGCCAAGACGAUGGCUGUCGAAUGGGGUAACCCCACCACGCUGUCCGUCUACGGCGGCAAGACGGACUGGACGGACAAUGACCACGUUGUCGAGCUGGCGACCGCAAACGAGUGGGUGUACUUUGUCAUUGAGACGGCGCAAGGCGUGCCGCAUCCGUUCCAUUUGCAUGGCCACGAUUUCUGGGUCCUGGCUGCUGGGACUGGCACCUAUUCCGACGCGGUAACACUCAACACCGCCAACCCGCCGCGUAGAGAUGUUGCGACCCUACCGGCUAGUGGCUAUGUUGUCAUCGCUUUCUACACCGACAAUCCAGGUGCUUGGUAA